AUUAAAGCACGUAACUGUUAAUAAAUGAAAUAAUUUCUGUAUAUUGUUGCAACAAAGAUGGAUACAAUCCUUAUUUUUUGGACCCGCUUGGUCAUCUUGACAACAGUUAUAUGUUAUAGACAUGCCUGGCAAAUAGAAAAGGUAUGUAGAUGGAGAUACAACAUUCUAACAAACAUUAAACAACAAAACACAAAGAUUUCAGAACUUGAAGAUCUGGUAAGAAAACAAAAAGAAGAAAUAGAUGACCUAAAGCAAGAGAUGAUGAAGUUAAAGAGCUUGGUGGAGAAAGUGACUGUUGGGGUGACAACCACAUCUUCUCCAACCAGUGAAACAGCAGGGAAGGAGACCACAUUAGAUGAGAUGAAAAAGUCACUUACUGAAGUCAUUGACACUACAGAUGAACUCACUACAGCUGUCAAUGAGAUAAAGCAAACAGAGCACUAUAUGAACAAGACACUAAACAGUAUCCAUAUACAAGAUGCCUUUGACUGCAGCCUGCUAUCCUCCUACACAGGAGUAAAAGAGAUCCAGGCAAAUAAGCAGGCUGUUAGGGUUUACUGUAAUAGAGGAUGGAUGUCAAUUGCACGUAGGUUUGAUGGCUCUGUAGACUUCUAUCGCAACUGGUCUGACUACCAGCAUGGCUUUGGUGACCCAAGUGGAGAAUAUUUCAUUGGUCUAGACAACCUUGCUGCGGUGACAGGUCACAGCAGGUACAGACUGCGUAUUGAGCUAACAAGUUGGGGCAAUGAAUCACAUCCAGGAGAGACUAAGUAUGCGGAGUAUGAGAGGUUUAGUGUAGGUAAUGAAGCUGAUAACUAUCGACUGAGAGUGGAAAGUUAUUCUGGGACAGCUGGUGACUCGUUAUCAUAUCGAGACAACAUGCUUUUUACAACAUAUGAUAGAGAAAAUGAUCUUCAUAGAAAAUUGAAUUGUGCAGAGGCUAUGAAAGGAGCAUGGUGGUACAUGUGGUGUGCAAUGUCCAAUCUCUUUGGACCAUACAUCCAAGGUGGAAACUGCACCAGCCUGAGUGGAGAGUGUAUAAUUUGGUAUCACUGGCCUGAAAAACUUGGCAGCCCAGACAACCAUUACUACUCUUUCAAGGCUGUUGAUAUGAAGAUCUAUCCAUUGUACCCUCUACACCUGCAAUAUGGAGGAAUUGUGGAAGAAAUUAGAAGAAAGCAAAAGCUGAUUGAAUUUCAUCUUAAAGACAUUGAAGGGCAACUUGCUACAUAUCAAGACUGCAGUGAGACAUUCGACUUUACUGGACAUCUCUUCAUCAAAACGAAGACUGACAAGAGACUCUUUAGAGCAUACUGUAAUCAGGGUUGGCUCUCAAUAGCACGUAGGAUGGAUGGCUCAGUUGAUUUCUUCAGGAGUUGGUCUGAGUACCAGGCUGGGUUUGGUAGUGUGUCUGGGGAGUAUUUCAUUGGGCUGGACAACCUGGUGUCUAUGUUGAAGGACAGGAGGUAUAAACUGAGGAUUGAGCUGACAACCUGGGGUGUGGAGGACACAAGAUUUGCUGAGUAUUCCAUCUUUCAUGUAUCCAACUCUAGUACCAACUACAGCUUAACUCUAGAUGGUUAUUCCGGAACUGCAGGGGAUUCACUUGGGGUCCACAAUGGAACACAAUUCUCCACAUUUGAUAGGGACAAUGAAAUCAUUUACAAACGUAACUGUGCUAUGACCUGGCACUCAGGAUGGUGGUAUAGUAGAUACAAUAAUACAACACCUAUGUGUGGCUAUGCCAACCCAUUUGGACUCUAUGUUAAUGGUGGUAAAUGUGG